AUGAGUUAUUUCCUUCCUCAUCUUCAUUCUGGAUGGCAUGUCGACCAAGCAAUUCUUUCUGAACAAGAGAGACUCGUAGUUAUACGUUUUGGUCGGGAUCAUGAUGAGGAGUGCAUGAAACAAGAUGAAGUCCUCUACCGGAUCGCUGAAAAGGUAGUGAAUAUGGCUGUCUUCUACUUAGUUGACAUUGACGAAGUUCCUGACUUCAACAAGAUGUAUGAACUUUAUGACAGAAGUACUAUAAUGUUUUUCUACCGAAAUAAACACAUGAUGAUUGACUUGGGUACUGGUAAUAACAACAAAAUCAAUUGGGCCUUAGAAGACAAAAAUGAAAUGAUCGAUAUUAUUGAGACAAUUUUCAGAGGAGCUAGAAAAGGAAAAGGUUUGGUUAUUUCACCUAAAGACUAUUCUACGCGACAUCGUUAUUAG